AUAAUGGGAAGUGAAUAAAGAGUAAUACGAAGUGGGAACAACCAACGCAACGUUGACUAUUUGGCUUCGCUGCUUCCUAAUACGAUGAAAUUAAAAAUGCAAUAUUAUUGUUUCGGGCAUUGACUCCAAUGGUGGUUCGUCCCUAUUCUUCUUCCGCAAGAAAACCAACAACUCAAUCAAUAUUAUAGUAUUGAAUUUGAUUUGAUCAAUUGAGAAGAUGGUGCUUCCGCUGUUGAAGCUUGGAACAUUGGCGGUCAAAACCCUUAGCAAACCCGUUGCCUCAAGGCUGAAGAAGCAAGCUGCUAUUCACCCAAGGUUCCGCCAACUCAUCAUCGACAUGGCUCAGGCCAAUCAUCAACUCACCACGAAGAUGCAACGCCGCAUCUACGGUCACGCAACCGACGUCGAAAUUCGCCCCUUGAAUGAAGAGAAAGCAGUUCAGGCUGCUGUUGAUCUCAUUGGAGAACUCUUCGUCUUCUCCGUCGCAGGAGUUCUCUUGAUCUUUGAGGUACAAAGAAGUGCUAGAUCUGAAGCAAGAAAGGAGGAGCUACGAAAGCAAGAGCUUGAGGCUAUGAAACAGAAAAAUGAGAACUUGGCAGAAGAAGUAGAGCUUCUUAAGCAUAGACUUCAAGAAUUGGAACAGCUGGCCAGGGGACGAGGACUGACUGGCAUUCUAAACUUCAGACAUGGUAAUACAGAAAUUGGAAAGACAGAGAAAACUUCUUGACCCGAUGAAGAGUAUAAUUAUUUGUCACAUUUUUUUCAUUCGUCUUUGGGAUGGAUGUAAUUCUGGCUCAAUUUCUGAUUCAUUUGAGGCUCUGUUCAAGAACAACAUAUUUUUUACAACAUUCAUUGGCUUUUUAGUUUCAGAUUUGAAAUUCUCUUUUUGUAUUGAGGAUAACUAGCAGAUUGAAAUUUUUAUUCUAUUGCCCAAAAUAAGUUACAGAGAUUGUAUAAUUCAUAGCGACAGAGAUGUGACACCAUCAGUUGGGUAGAAAAUGCAGCAAAUGUAUCAUUUAGAAGAACAUUUAUUUUUCAUGUAUUCACUUCCUCUCUUUUUCAGCAUGAAUAACACAGUCGUUGAUUUCUU